CACAGAGUUAAGAGCAACAUUGCAGCCUAACAAUCAUGACAGCCACUACUAUUGAUAGAUUCUUCUUCAGAGGAGACAUUCAAGAAAAGAUGAGUGCAUCACAUCAAGUCUAUGCAAAUGAAUUGAUGCAAGGACUGAAGGAAAGGAAAGAAAUGAUACUGGACUUUGAUGCACUUCAAUCAUCCAUUGAUCCAGCACUUGAUUCAAAAGCACUGACUAAUGGUGAAGACAACCAAGAAGAAAAAUUUGAUUAUGAAUGUUUCCUGACAAGCUAUUUCUGUACUAUUGAUGCAUUCAAAUCAUUAGAAAUAUUCAAGCUCAGAGGAUAUGCAAGAGCAGGUCCAAAAUUUCCAUUGAUGGAAGGAAUGAGACAGCUGUAUGAUCUAACAGAAUUAGACCUAUCACAGAACAACCUCCAAACUGGUGACUUACAAGAACAGCUACAGUUAUGGUCUCUGGUCGAGUUGAAAACCUUGAGGCUUGACAAAACUAGUUUGACAAAAGUCCCUCCAUCCAUCGGUAGACUGAGAAAACUAGAAACCCUCUCCCUCUCAUCUAACAGCCUCGAAACACUACCACUGACCCUGGGGUAUUGCAGUAACCUCAAGUACUUGGACCUCACAAAAAAUAAGUUCAAGACUCUACCAGGUGUCGUCUUAAAACUAGAGAAACUGGAAGACCUCAAAAGACUCGACAACGACCUGGAGCAACGCUCAGAUGGCUACGAGUCAUGGCCUCACAUAAAAAGGAUCACAAGGACACAGAAGGCAAGCAGAAAUCCAGACAGCCUCCAAGCACUUACAUCAUGCACUGUCAUGACAAGUCAAACUGACUACUGGGCAGAAAAGGCUCUCCCACCAAGACAGUGCCAGUUAUUGGAUAGCUAUGCAACGGAAUACAGGUUUUGCCACAACUGCCAUCAAGCAAACUCCUUAAAAAUGAUUGAGGUCAGAGUUCUGCUCCUUAAAUUUGCUGAGCUGACAAAUGUUCCUAUAUCCGUCUUCUCAUGUCAAGACUGUGAGAGUGUAAUAACCAAUCACUUCAGUGACAUACAAACAAAGCUACAAAAGGAAAUAGACAGCGAUUAUGAGAAAGAGAUGGCCGAAGCAAUGAAAGAGUUUUUAAAAGAUCAGCCAAAUGGCGAGUAUCGCCCACCUGCAAUAAGACGGCAAAGACGUACAAAUGGUAGGAGACAACAUCAAAGACGAAAGUGUUCAAUAAUGUAAAAAAUAGACACACAAAAAUCACAGACUUAAAAUCAUAAGAAAUUGUUCCAUUUUAUGUAUUUGUGUAUGUUCUUUAGCGCAUGUAUGUUAUUUAUAAUUUAAA